CGCCGCCGCCGCGGAGUUGAGCCGCGAAGUCAUGGUGCUCUGGGAGCCCUCGGCGCCCCGGCAGUGCGGCGGCGGCAGCAGCUGGACGCUGGGCGACUGCUUCUGCUGGCUGCUGCUGCCGGCGGCGCUGCUCAUCGCCGCCCGCCCGGCGCGGCUCGCGGCUUUCCCUACCUCCUUAAGUGACUGCCAAACGCCCACCGGCUGGAACUGCUCCGGUUAUGAUGACAGAGAAAAUGAUCUCUUUCUCUGCGACACCAAUACCUGUAAAUUUGAUGGGGAGUGUUUAAGGAUUGGAGACAGUGUGACUUGUGUCUGUCAGUUCAAGUGCAACAGCGACUACGUGCCCGUGUGCGGCUCCAACGGCGACACCUACCAGAACGAAUGCUACCUGAAACAGGCCGCCUGCAAGCAGCAGAGUGAGAUACUGCUGGUGUCGGAAGGAUCGUGCGCGACAGAUGCAGGCUCAGGAUCUGGGGAUGGAGUCAAUGAAGGCUCAGGUGAAACCAAUCAAAAAGAGACAUCGACCUGUGACAUUUGCCAGUUUGGGGCAGAGUGUGAUGAAGAUGCAGAGGAUGUUUGGUGUGUGUGCAACAUUGACUGUUCUCAAACCAACUUCAAUCCUCUUUGUGCUUCCGAUGGGAAAUCUUAUGAUAAUGCAUGUCAAAUCAAAGAGGCAUCAUGCCAGAAACAGGAGAAAAUUGAAGUCAUGUCUUUGGGUCGAUGUCAAGAUAAUACAACAACAACUACAAAAUCUGAAGAUGGGCAUUACGCAAGAACAGAUUAUGCAGAGAAUGCAAAUAAACUGGAGGAGAGUGCGAGAGGGAUCUACAUCCCUUGUCCAGAACACUACAAUGGCUUCUGCAUGCACGGGAAGUGUGAGCACUCAACUAAUAUGCUGGAACCGUCUUGCAGAUGUGAUGCCGGCUAUACUGGACAACACUGUGAAAAAAAGGACUACAGCGUUUUGUAUGUGGUUCCAGGUCCAGUACGAUUUCAGUAUGUCUUAAUAGCAGCUGUGAUUGGAACUAUCCAGAUUGCUAUCAUCUGCGUUGUAGUCCUCUGUAUUACAAGGAAAUGUCCCAGGAGCAACAGAAUCCACAGACAGAAACAAAACACAGGGCACUACAGUUCAGACAACACAACAAGAGCAUCGACAAGUUCUAGUGGCAAUUUUGAGUCUACUGAACUCAGUAGUAGGGUUUUGAGUUGGUCCAAGAUCAGCGACAAUUAUGGAUGUGGGAAAGGUGAAGAAUAA